GACGGUGCAUUGUCCGCUAGACCUAGCACAUAUGUAAACGGGCCAUUAUCUGCAUAUAUAUUUAUGAAUAACAAUAAUAACUUCAAGCAGAACUUAGAUGAGCUAUAGAGUAGAACCAGGACGUCAGUUCAGUGAUUCACCGAUGAAAAAUUAGUAAUGUCCUCAAUCGCGACUUUGCUGGCCUUACUAUUGAUAAAUGGAAUUGUAACAUCAUCACUGGCGGAAACGUACGACUGCACUAUUGAAAAGGACGGUGAAAAAGAAAUUUGCGUAUUCCGGAAUGUUGAAUACUUCAAAAAUACAACACACAUUGCUUUCUCUUCACCCGGUCCUACAAAACCGGAGAAUGUGGCCUUCAAGGACAGUAACAUGGUGGCUAUCCCUCCAAACUUCCUACUAACGUUUGGGAAUGAUCUAAAAUUCUUAAUAGUAGAAAAUUGUAUGCUGCAAACGGUAACGAUCACGAAAAACAUGGAAGUUCUCUAUGCCAAAAACAACUACAUUGAAAAAGUUUUGAUGAGUAGAAACACACAAUGCGAUAAUCUGAAGGAGCUAGAUCUGAGUAGCAACCGUUUGGGGAAUGCCGGUAAUAUUACUAACUGCAAACAUCUCAUCACACUUAACUUAAGUGGAAACGAAGAUAUUUGGGAGGAUGAAACAGUUGAUCUAUCGCUGUUCGAAAGUAUGAUCCAAUUGCGGGAUCUCAACUUGGCUGGAACAGGAUUGUUUUACAUUGUUAAUAGCAAGAAUAUUGGUUUGCCAUCGCUGCAAACUAUAGAUUUAUCCAAAAACGACAUUUUGCCAGUGGAUUUUAACAUCGAGAUAUUUUAUCCAUUUCCGGCUUUGGAAACUCUCAAGCUAAAUGAUAAUGGUAUGACCAGCAUCGACUAUGCCUUUCUGUUAAACAUAAAAACACUGAAAAGCGUAUAUUUAAAUGGCAAUAGUUUCCCAUGCUUAAAAAUCAAAGUAAUGCGAGAUUUUCUACAAGCGCAUAACAUUGCAACGCCCACCGAUCGGCAUAGCAACUGCCAACAAAAUGCUAGAGAAAUUGAGGGAAUGUGCUGCACCGGACCAAUGCCAACCAGCAUACCUCGUCCAAGUUCUCCGUCUGUGCCCAGCGAAACUGUUAGCACCGGGACGCCAACAAGCAAACCUCGUCCAACUCUUCCGUCUGGAGUACCCGGCGAAUCUGAUGCGACCCCCGAUGAUAGAACUAAUAAUGAUGCAAAUGAAAAUGGAACAUCCCAUCAUUGGAUAAUAGCUGUUGUGUUGAUUGUUAUAGUGGUAGCCGCUGGUGCAGCUGGUGUCUGCUGGUAUAAAAAACGACAGCGUUCAUGAACGAAUAAAAUUUGCUUAGACUAAUAAUAACGUCGAAAAAGUUAAGGUGAUUGAAGCCUAACUCUAUGACUCUAAAACCAAAAUUAUGUUAAGGUACUAAUAAAAAGUGCGUCAAAUGAUCUUUUCGGUUA